AUGGAGUUUUUGAGAGAUGUUCGACUGCUUGUAUCGAGCGGUGGUCUUCUUUUUUGUAGAACAUCCCAAAGGAGACCCAAUCAUGUAGAACCUUUUGUGAUCAUUAACCCGGCCACUGGAAUGAAGGUUGAAGUAUCUGCACCUUCUGGUUUGUCAAGAGGAGAAAGAGAUAACAGUUUGAAAGUUGUCUUCAAUCAUAAUAAUAACGGCGAUCCUUUUCUUAUGAUUAUUAUGAUAGAUAAUUAUGGUUGGAAUGCAAUAUAUAAGUUAAUGGUAUACUCCUUUGAAGAAAAGAAGUGGAGAGGGAAGAGUCAACGAGAAGAGGAAAAAACACAAUAUUUGAGAUUACCGAGGAAUGCAAAUAAAGGGCGAAACCACAGUACUUGUCGAAUGAAAAUAUUUCCAUGGGACAAGUGCGAGACGACGACGAUGUGUCUUGUUAAGUUUUGUAAAGGCCAAUUCACAAUAUGGGUAUGGAAUAAAAAAGGUGAGAAACAACAUGAGUGGGUUCAGAUUUUGAGGAAGACAGUCUCGGAUAUUGGAAUACUAUCUGAUGUUGAUGUUGAUGUUGUCGGUUUUACAGUAAUGAAUGGAAAGACGUUGGUUAUUGUAAUGGAAAACAAAAAGGUUUACUCUUACAAUCUAGUGAGUGAUGGUGUCAAACAAAAGACGGCGACUCUUAUAAGCAAUAACCAUGGAUGCAAUGGAUGGAAUUUUAUAAUGUAUUCCUACUCUAACACCUUGGCUCAAAUUCCAAAUGCUGUGCCCAUUUUCUACCAAGGCUAA